CAUUUAUACUGCUUCGUUACUCUAAUUGCUUUCGGCUGCAUCAGAAAAAUCCAUCCUGGCAGCCUCCCUUGACAAAUGUCAAUUUACGUUCGGACCGCACCCAUGCAGCUCGAACAAGCGUGCAACUUUAUCAACCUGGCCGCGCUGCCAGCCAACACCGUCGCCGGGGUGGCCAACACCGACACCGACACCAACACCAACAUCAGCAUUAAUCCAGCGCAGCCCGCACGUCGCGUCUUCAAGAUCGACGGGGUCGACUUCACCCCGCUCGACACCGACUGCCUCAUUCGCAUCUGCAAGGGGGACAAGACUAUUCAUGCCAAGUUUGCACCGGCCGGUACCGAGUUCGACUGGUAUCUGGACGACAGGCUCACCGUUCUCAGGCUCAGGAGUGACUGUUCCGUCAUAAGCGGCUAUGUACCCAAGCCCUGGAAAGUCCAAGGCGACAAGGUCUCGGCCCUGCCAGAUGAUUUGAGCAUUGUCCUGGCCAAAUGGAAAUGA